AUGUCAUCUAAGUCAACGAACAGAACAAAUUGUUCUAGGGGCAGCUGUUCACAAUCAAAGCGCGAAGCCCGUGUAGUGGCACAGACUCCCAUAGAUGCUAAGCUUCACGUGGAUUUUGAAGAGUCUGAUAGGGGAUUAUUUGAUUACUCCACAUCAAUUGACUUCAAUAUUUCAAGUUCUACCAGUAAUGUCCCCUCUUCGACAGUAUCAGCUUAUCUGCAGAAGAUGCAAAGGGGAAGUCUUAUUCAACCAUUUGGGUGCAUGAUUGCUGUUGAAGAACAGAAUUUUGCCAUCCUUGCCUACAGCGAAAAUGCCCCAGAAAUGUUAGAUUUAGCCCCCCAUGCAGUUCCAAGCAUCGAGCAAAAAGAAGCACUGACUUUUGGAAUGGAUGUCCGGACUCUUUUUAAAUCCUCAAGUACCGCUGCCCUUCAGAAGGCAGCAAAUUUCAGGGAAGUUAGUCUCCUAAACCCCAUAUUGGUUCAUUGCAAAAGUUCCGGCAAGCCCUUUUAUGCAAUAAUGCAUAGAAUUGAUGUGGGAUUAGUUAUAGACUUGGAGCCUGUAAAUCCAGCUGACAUGCCAGUUACAGCGGCUGGCACAUUAAAGUCAUAUAAGCUAGCUGCUAAAGCCAUUUCAAGGCUUCAGGCUGUGCCAAGUGGGAACAUAUCGCUGUUAUGUGAUGUAUUAGUUCGGGAAGUGAGUGAAUUGACAGGUUACGAUCGUGUAAUGGUUUAUAAAUUCCAUGAAGACGAGCAUGGGGAAGUUGUUUCUGAGUGUUGCAGGCCUGACUUAGAGCCUUAUCUUGGUUUACAUUAUCCUGCUACUGAUAUACCUCAGGCUUCAAGAUUUCUCUUCAUGAAAAAUAAGGUUAGGAUGAUAUGUGAUUGUUUGGCCCCACCAGUUAAAGUAAUUCAAGACAAGAGGUUGGAUCAGCCUUUGAGCCUUUGUGGAUCAACAUUAAGGUCUCCUCAUGGUUGCCAUGCUCAGUAUAUGGCAAACAUGGGUUCCAUAGCUUCCCUUGUGAUGUCAGUGACAAUAAACGAGGAAGAUGAUGAGACCAAGAGUGAUCAGCAAAGAGGGAGAAAAUUAUGGGGUUUGGUGGUCUGUCACCACACAAGCCCUAGGUUUGUUCCAUUUCCGUUAAGAUAUGCCUGUGAGUUCUUGGUUCAAGUUUUUGCUGUUCAGAUUAACAAGGAGGUGGAGUUGGCUGCUCAACUGAGGGAAAAGAAUAUUUUGCGAACCCAAACAGUGCUUUGUGACAUGCUUCUAAGGGAUGCCCCUAUCGGGAUUGUGAAUCAAUCGCCUAAUGUGAUGGAUCUUGUCAAGUGUGACGGAGCUGCACUAUACUACAGGAAAAAAUGUUGGCUUCUUGGGGUCACCCCUAAUGAGGCACAAAUUAGAGAUAUAGCUGAAUGGCUUCUCGAAUACCAUGGUGGGAAUACCGGGCUAAGCACCGAUAGCCUUGUGGAAGCGGGCUAUCCUGGAGCUGCAAUCCUUGGCGAUGCGGUAUGUGGAAUGGCUGCUGUGAGAAUUACUAAUAAGGAUUUUCUUUUCUGGUUCCGUUCCCAUACUGCUAAGGAGAUCAAGUGGGGUGGUGCAAAACAUGAUCCCGAUGACAAGGAUGAUGGGAGAAAGAUGCAUCCUAGGUCAUCAUUCAAGGCAUUCUUGGAAGUGGUUAAGAGGAGGAGUUUGCCAUGGGAAGAUGUAGAGAUGGAUGCAAUUCAUUCCUUGCAAUUGAUAUUGAGAGGAUCAUUGCAAGAUGAGGUCGUUGAAGAUUCAAAAAUGAUUAUGAGUGUUCCGUCUGUAGAGACUAGCAUACAAAGGGUGGAUGAGCUACGUGUUGUAACAAAUGAAAUGGUUCGCCUUAUUGAGACUGCUUCAGUGCCCAUCUUGGCUGUUGAUGCCUCUGGCAAUGUCAAUGGGUGGAAUACUAAAGUUUCAGAGCUAACUGGGCUAGGUGUACAAGAAGCUGUUGGGAUGCCUUUUGUGAAUCUUGUAGCUGAUGAUUCAAUCAAUGUCGUGAAAAAUGUUCUCUUCUUGGCUUCACAAGGUACAGAAGAGCAAAAUAUUGAGAUCAAGCUUAAAACCGUUGGACAUCAGGAAAACAAUGUCCCUGUUAUCUUAAUUGCUAAUGCUUGUUGUAGUCGAGACGUAAAUGACAAUAUAGUUGGGGUUUGCUUUGUUGGACAAGAUAUUACUGGCCAAAAGGUGAUAAUGGACAAAUAUACUCAAAUGCAAGGUGAUUAUGUUGGAAUAGUGCGGAGCCCUUGUGCGCUUAUUCCUCCAAUAUUUAUGAUGGAUGAGGAUGGUCGAUGCUUGGAAUGGAAUGAUGCUAUGGAAAAACUAUCUGGUGUAAAAAGGGAAGAAGCCGUUGAUCGUAUGCUUCUUGGUGAGGUCUUCACAGUCAACAAUUUUGGCUGUCGGCUUAAAGACCAAGACACAUUAACAAAGCUCCGGAUAUUACUGAAUGGGGUAAUUUUGGGCCAAGAUGCUGAUAAGUUGUUAUUUGGGUUCUUUGACCAUAAGGGUAACUAUGUCGAGGCAUUACUUUCAAUUAGCAAGAGGGUUGACACAGAGGGAAGAAUUACUGGGGUUUUGUGCUUUUUGCGUGUUGCCAGUCCAGAACUUCAAUAUGCAAUGCAGGUGCAGAGGAUAUCAGAACAGGCUGCAUCAAAUGGCCUUAUAAAGUUGUCUUAUGUUCGUCAUGAGAUAACAAAACCAUUAUGUGGAAUUAAAUGCAUGCAAAAUCUGAUGGAAUCAUCUGUUUUAAGCAAAGAGCAGAAGCAGCUUUUGAAGACAAGCAUUUUGUGUCAGGAACAGUUGGCCAAGAUCGUUGAUGACAAUGAUAUUGAAAAUAUCGAGGAAUGGUACUACAGCCUAACUUGA